AUGGUGGAAAGAGGGUACCCCGAAUUUUACACAGUGGAUAAGGAGGAGGCGAAUAUGAUAACCCCCCAAGAUCUGGGGGGUUUGAUCAAACCAACAAAUUUUGAGCAAGGUUUGGCUACUGGCUUGGGUGUUGUGGUGGAAGGUGGUGUUCAUUUGGGUUGUAGCUCCAAUCACGUUGGAAGUGAGGUUGCACAAAAGAUGAGGGAUGGCUCUGGUUCUCAGGGGGGUUGUGUCACAGGGUUUAACUUUGGAAGGCAACCAUUAGUGAUAGUGGCAGAUGCAGAGUUGUGUAGAGAGGCAGGGAUUAAGAAAUUCAAAUUUCUGUCAAAUAGAAGUAUUCCCUCACCCAUUACUACUUCUCCUCUCCAUCAGAAGGGACUAUUUUUUACCAGGGACUCAAGAUGGUCAUCAAUGCGUGGAACGAUCCAACCCCUAUACCAACCCAACCAAAUAGCCAAUCAGGUACCUCUGAUGGAACACACAAUCUGCAUCCUCAAAGACCAUCUCUCUACCAAAGAUGAAAAAGAAGACAUAAAUUUCUCAGAGCUCCUCUUGAAAGUCGCUACAAACAUCAUCAGAGAGGCAGCCUUUGGCGAGAGGUUUGAUCUCACACAAUCCACUUCAAAAUCCACAUCCACACAUCCAGUACAAGAGGAAUUCUCAAAAUUUGGGAAGCAACAUGUUUAUUCCACAACAUCUUUGAAAAUGGACCUCACUGGAACCUUCAGUACAAUAAUGGGGAUCUUGUUCCCAAUUGUACAGGAGCGCUUUCGACAAAUCCUUAGUCACAUCCCAGGAAUAGGGGAUUGGAAGGUUGAACAAAACAACUACAAGCUUAUAGAUAGAUUGAAUUCCAUUGUGGCCAAGAGAAGUAUGGAUUUGGGGUUGGAAUCCAGGACGGGUUUAAUUUCCUCAGUGUUGAAUGCAAGGGAGUCGAGUAAAGAUGUCAGAAAUUUGUUUAGCCCAGAUUAUAUAAGCUCUCUCACUUAUGAACAUUUUUUUGUGGGCUUAGCUACAACUUUGUUUACUUUAUCAAUGGUGUUAUAUCUAGUUUCUGCACACCCUUAUGUCAAGAAAAAAAUGCUUCAAGAAAUCGAUGCUUUUGGGCCCCUAGGCAGAAAUCCCACUGCUGAUGACCUUGACAAAUUUCCUUAUCUUAAGUGA